GUCACUGUAUCCGCGGUUGUAAAAAAAAAAAGUCAUUUGUAUUUGUCGACAUUAGCCUAAAUAGAAAAGACUAUGCAGUAUUCAAUUAUAUAUUUGUUUAUUUUUAAUAACUUUCGCUUAAACGCUUAAAAUAAAGUUAUUGUGAUAUAUUGGUACGUUACUUUAAGGCAAACGAUCAUUAUAUUUGCUUAAAAUGUCGGAGAAGGAUAAGGCGAAAGGGAAUACCCAAACAAAACACAUUCCAAAAGAUGCACAUGUAAUAAUGUCUAUUAUGAAAGAAGUGGGCAUCACGGACUACGAACCCCGUGUCGUUAACCAAUUGCUAGAAUUUACUUACAGAUACGUUACAUCUGUGUUGGAUGACGCUCGAGUAUUCGCAAAUCACGCGAAGAAGAAGACAAUAGACCUCGAUGAUGUCAGGUUAGCGGUGCAAAUGCAGUUGGAUAAAUCAUUUACAAGCCCUCCACCAAGGGAAGUCCUACUAGAGUUGGCUAGAGUAAAAAAUGUGAAUCCACUUCCUUUGAUUAAACCACAUUGUGGGCUAAGAUUGCCACCUGAUCGCUACUGUCUCUCAGCAUGUAACUAUCGCUUGAAAUCUGUUCAAUCAAAGAAAGCGGCAUCUAAACCAGUUGUCUCUGCUCCUAUCAAAACCAUCACAUCAUCAAAGUCAAGCAGUCAAAAUCUUGUUAUGAAGAGAUCUCAAGGACCUAUUAAUGUUAGUUCUAAAGGAAAUGUGGCCCCUAAACCAGUUCUUAAAUUCACUUCUGGAAGUAAGGUUGUUGCAAAACCAGCAGUGCGGGUGACAUCAGGGCCUCCACAACAAAAUCCAGUUAAAAUGGAGAUUGAUGAAGUGUCCCACAAAAGGAAAAGAGAUGAUGAUGACUAUGACAUGUAACAUUUAAUUUAUAAGGUGAAUUUUUAAGUGAAGUUCCAUUUGUAAUUUUAAGUAAAUAAAUAUGUGCAUAAUUGUAAAAUGA